GAAUGACCUUGGAGGUCACUAAGAUGGCCGACUGCAUGAAGGUUUGGGGAAAGUGUGUCGGUCAGCUGUGAAUGACAUUGAAUUAUUUUUCAUGAUAUGCUGUUUCUAGAGGUGCAAAAUGUCGCAUCGGGUGAUAUCAAGUACCGUGCCCAGGGCAGUAAACUAUGGGUUAAAGAUCUGUCGUCGACCACCUUGUGUAUGUCGGUGCCAUACUCGCUCACUCAUGACUUCGAACUCAAAGAGGAGUUAUCUGAUGACUGUGGCUAAAGUACAGACUGAAGCAACAAGGAAAACACUAUUAUCACAGAUUCACCCAGCUGCCUAUGUUCUUUCAACAAAGUACAAGCUAGAUUCCCCUCAAGACUCUAGCUACUACAAGUCAAGAUAUCUCAUAGGCUCUUCCCUAGAUCUUAGUAGUCUGUCUGCGUUCCAUAAUAAUGUGAUUUAUAGAGGAUUUCAUACAACUAAGUUAUUUUACAAAGAAGAGUCAAAAGUAGAAAAAACUGUGAAAGCACUGAAAGAGGAGGCCACUGAUGUUGCUAAGAAACCAGAAGAAGAGACUGUGGUGAUGGUGAAAAAGUCUUUGUGGCAAAGAUUUGUAGCAGAAUGUAAACAUUACUACCAUGGGUUUAGGUUGUUGUUCAUAGAUAUUAAGAUUGCUGCCAGAAUGGUGUGGACCAUCCUCAAUGGAAGCAGCUUAUCACGGAGAGAACACAGACAGCUUGUCCGCACAACUGCUGACCUGUUUCGACUGGUGCCAUUCUUGGUGUUCCUGUUGGUACCGUUCAUGGAGUUUCUGCUGCCAGUGGCUAUCAAACUUUUCCCAACCAUGCUACCCAGUACGUUCAAGGAAGAGAACAAAGAGCAAGAGAAGCUGAAGAAGCAGCUGAAGGUGAAGCUGGAGAUGGCCAAGUUCCUCCAGGACACCAUCAAUGAGAGUGCUCUCCAGGGCAAGAAGUCCUCUGGGGAGAAGGUCCAGAAGUUCUCUGACUUCAUGAACAAGAUUCGAAAUGAAGGUAUCCGCCCAAGCACAGAUGACAUUAUCAAGUUCUCGAAGCUAUUUGAGGAUGAGAUGACGUUGGACAACCUGUCCCACCAGCAGCUGCAGGCACUGUGUCGUGUUCUCAGCAUCACCCCCAUUGGCACUGACGCCCUGCUCCGCUUCCAGCUGAAGCUUAAGCUCAGGCAACUCAAGGCUGACGACAAGAUGAUCAUCAAGGAUGGUAUUGAGAGUCUAUCAGUAACGGAGCUGCAGGUGGCCUGCCGAGCCAGGGGUAUGCGAGCCUUGGGUGUGUCAGAAAACAGACUCCGCCUACAGCUGCAGCAGUGGCUUGACCUUCACCUUUACGAGAAGAUCCCAACAUCACUGUUGCUGCUAUCACGUGCCCUUUAUCUCCCGGAGACAUUGUCCACUACACAGCAACUGGAGGCUACCAUCUCAACUCUCUCUGACACACCGGCUGUCCUCAUCAAUGUCUGGACAUCCUCAUCAAGCACUGUAGGUGAGGAGGUGGACAACAAGACUAAGAGGGACAUCAUCAAGCACGAGGAGGAGGCCAUCCAAAAGGAGAAGCAGGCACAGAUGGAGGAGGAGGAGAUGGACAAGGCCAAGCAAUUGGAGCGUGAGGCUGCUGAAGCACUGGCAGCACAGACUGCCAUGGAUACCAAGGACGUGCUCCAGGAUGAAGCUGCCAUUCUAGAUGUCAAACCUGCAGAAGAGCUGAAGGACACUGCCCCUGUGAUGGAAGAGCCAGAGGAAGAGAAGAUCUCAAGUAAAGACUUGGAGGAGAUUGAAUCUGCUCUGGAGGAGAUUGCUGAGCAGAAGCAGCUGAACAUUGAGAAAGAGGAACUCCAGGAUCUCAAGGAGGAAGUGGAAGAGUAUAAGGAGGACUUGGAAGACUUGAAGAGUGUCAUUCUGGCAUCUGGGAGACCUCAGGAGGAUCUUCGUGAGUCCAAGGCCGCCCAGCGUCUGACGAAGCGAGUGAGUAAGAUGAUCUCCCAGCUGGAUGACGUGAUCACGGGACUUCACAAGGAGAAGCAGAAGUUCCAGGAGGAGCUGGAGGUCAAGCAGGUCAGGAUGAAGUGGACUUCAGAGAACAAAGAUGACGAACGACUAGAACAGAUACGCAAGGAGAUUGCAGAUGAGAAAAACACCAUCAUCAGCAUCAACGAGAUGGUUCUGGCACUGAAGCGGAUCCAGAAGGUGCCCGAUGAGACCAAGCUGCAGACUAUCGUGGAGGUGCUGGACCAAGACAUGGACGGCAUCAUCGACAUCAAUGAUGCUCUGAAGGUGAUUGAGACCCUAGGGCGGGAGAAUGUGAAGUUGAACAAGUCCCAGGUGGCCGAGAUGCUGGAGCUGCUGAGACAAGAGGAUGUCAUUCAGGAGGAGGAGAAGCGCCGUGAGAAGGAGGAGAAAGAGAACACGAAGCAGGAGACACAGCAGGAGCAGCAGCAGCAACAGCAGUAGUGGUUGCCGACGAUACGUUCUCAUUCCUUCUACAGAUAUGAUAUUGAACUAUGAAGUAAAUGUAUAGGAACAGAUACAGUCCCAGUAGAGAACAACAAGGAGAGCUCUGUGCACAAGUGUCUGAGUUCGAGCCUCGGUUGCUUGAACGUUUUGAUGAGAAAACACCUGAAUAUUCCACAAUCCAUGGAAUUAUGUAUGUACAUGAAUCCAACCUUUUGAUGACCCAGUGGACUUGAUUGUCUGCCAUGAUUUGAAAUGUGAUUUCUUGUCAUUAGUUAGGUGCGUUGAUUAUGUGAUGAAUGUGAAGAUGAAGACUUACUGGUACCCGUGAACAGAACUGAUAGUAACAUAGGUGUUUAUUAAGUGCUGAAAAUGCUGAAAGUGCUGUUAUGAAAAUUAUGUCAACUUUUACCAACACAAUUUGCAUGAAUACUGAAUUGUAUUCAUAUUGUUGUGUAGUGGUAUUCGUUACUGCUGGAACAGAGGGACAUAUCAAAUAUUAAAGAAGACACACUUGUAACUGAUAAUGCUUGAAGCAUAUUAAAGUGAGUUGUAUACA